GCGAAGUCCAAAACCGGCGGCUUGGCUCUCUGUUUUCCCCUAGGCCGCUCCUCCGUUUCGCCGCCUGUUUGGCGCCUCUGAUCGCGUAUAAAAAUGACAAUCUCCCCGCAGAGACCAGCGACGAGACGACAUUCACGUUAGCAGUAAACCAAGUGCAGAGAGGAAGAAAGGCCGGCAAGACCGCAAGAGCAGGAGAUAGUGGCUGCGAUGGCGUCGGCGGCGAGCAGGAAGGCGCCGUCGCUGGUGGUGGCGGCGAGCGUGGGCGCCGUGGAGGCGCUCAAGGACCAGGCGGGCCUCUGCCGCUGGGGCUACCCGCUCCGCUCGCUCUACCGCAGCGCCGCAGCCGCGCCCACUGUCCGCGCGCUCUCCGCUUCGCUCCGUGAGGCCCGGCCGGCGUCGUCGGCGGCGGAGGACACGAAGCUGCGCAAGACCCACCACCUCGUCUGCUGGGGGCCCAACUGAUCAGUCCCUUCUUCUCCGCAGCAUCGUAUAGUAUAGUACACCACUGCGUGCCUGGUGAAAAUGCUCGUACCAAUGGAUUUGCGAAUUGGGAUGACAUAUUGA